ACAUUUUGGCAAGAUUAAUAGUACGGCACGGGCUUCCUGUGGUCGUACUCCGCUGACCACGAGUGACCCUAAGAUGGCGGACGUACCGAAAGAUGCUCCUGAACAUUGUCCAGGUACAGAGAGUGACAAGGCAGGAAAAGUAUCAGCAUGUCAGGGAUGCCCAAACCAACAAAUUUGUGCAUCCAGCAAGCCGGCACCUCCAGACCCAGACCUUGGCAAAAUUAAAGAGAGACUCUCCUCUGUAAAACACAAAAUUCUGGUUCUAUCUGGAAAGGGGGGUGUUGGCAAAAGCACAUUUACAGCCCAUCUGGCCCAUGGGUUAGCUGCUGAUGAGGACAGACAGGUUGCAGUUUUGGAUAUUGAUAUUUGUGGUCCUUCAAUUCCUACAGUGUUUGGUUUACAGGGAGAGCAGGUUCAUCAAAGCGGCUCUGGCUGGUCCCCUGUGUAUGUUGAGGACAACCUUGGAGUGAUGUCUGUGGGAUUUCUUCUCGCCAAACCAACUGAUGCAGUAAUAUGGAGGGGACCAAAGAAAAAUGGUCUUAUUAAACAGUUUCUGAGAGAUGUCGACUGGGGUGAUGCUGACUUCCUGGUUGUGGACACCCCCCCUGGCACAUCGGAUGAGCACUUGUCAAUCAUCCAGUAUCUCAACCAGACAGAAGUGGAUGGGGCUGUGGUUGUUACCACUCCACAGGAAGUUUCCCUCCUUGACGUUCGCAAAGAGAUCAGUUUUUGCAAGAAAGUUCGGCUUCCUGUUAUUGGUGUUGUUGAGAAUAUGAGUGUUUUCGUAUGCCCCAAUUGCAAGAAGGAAUCUCAGAUAUUCCCACCAACAACAGGAGGUGCUGAAAAAAUGGCGGUGGAAAUGAAGGUUCCUUUUCUUGGGCGUAUCCCCCUCGAUCCUCGCAUAGGUCGUGCGUGUGAUGAGGGGAAGUCAUUCCUGAGUGAAAUACCAGACUCUCCCGCCACGUCAUCGUAUAAAGACAUCAUAGAAAAAAUCGUGAAGUACUGCGUGGCGUCACAACACCAGAGCUAGGACUAGACAUAGUAAUAGCCGUUAAUAUUAACAAGGUUAUAGAUGACUACUGUAACGAGUUUAUAUUGCGUGACUACCCAUUUCACACACCAGAGCUAGUACUAAACAUAGUAAUAGCCGUUAAUAUUAACAAGGUUAUAGAUGACUACUGUAACGAGUAUAUAUUGCGUGACUACCCUCCACACACCAGAGCUAGAACUAAACAUAGUAAUAGCCGUUAAUAUUAACAAGGUUAUAGAUGACUACUGUAACGAGUUUAUAUUGCGUGACUACCCAUUUCACACACCAGAGCUAGUACAUAGUUAAUAGCAGUUGACAAUAUUCCAGAAGACUGCUCUACUCGUUCUCGUUUCCUAUAAGCCAAAUACUCGGCGCUACGCACCUCGUUGACUAUCUAUUGACUCAUAGAAAACUCGAACCCGUAGUCUAAUUGUUAAAUAGAGGCAGGAGAGGGUUCGAGAAUAUCACGCCAUUAAUUUGUUUAGUCCGUGGUGUUAUACGUGGUUCGCCUGUGUCCCUGAUGAACGUAUGCCCUCCACAGGAAACCCGGUCAAGCGCUCGGGUUAAAGGUUUGACUAUAGGGAUUUCAUUUGGCAUUAAAUUAGGGACCGACCAUUUGAUUUCUGACGGGUAGUUAAAAGAGAUUACCGGGUGAGGGACGAACGAGAAAACCUGGCUGAAAGGCACAGUGAGAGCCGUGAGAGAACAACUUCCAUUAUCUUAAACUCAUUUAAAUCUUUUGUCAGCCUGGGUAAGUGUGAAAAAGCAUCCAUUUCCAUCGGCUAAUUUUUGGGACCAAUAUGAUAUUUUUGAUUGAAUUUUUUAAAUGAAGUAUUAAAAUUUGUUUUGAGAUGUGA